CAUCAGAUAUUGUUUUGGAGAUGUUCCUUGUUUGAAGUCAGAGGUCAACCUUGACUGUUUGGUCCUCUUGUUCCUCCUGCAGCACUCACUGGGCCGUGGUCAGCAUGCCACCUUCGCCCCGCUGACCUCAGCACAGCAUUUCAAUCCUCUGAUAUUUGGGUUAAUCUGAUUAUGAAGAGUUCCUCUGAGACCGCUCUUCAUCAAUGACAACCAACAUGGACACGCUUUUCUACCAUGAUGACUCCCCUGCCAAAGCCACCUUCAGCCAGAUGGGUGAAUAUGAGCGUUACCAAGAAAACAAGCUGCUGAUGAAUAAGAAGGCUGUCUCAGCAAGUCAUCACUUCAGUGGUGGCGGCGUGGUUGUGGGAAGGGAUGGAAUCCCUAACAACUUUGGGUUCUCCACAGGUUCCAGCAAUUCUUCAGCGUCAUCCUCAGCAGACAUGAACCUGCUGAAGCUGGGGCCUCCUGACAUGGAGCACCUCAUCAUCCAGUCCAAUCAGGGACUGGUACCCACAAGUACAGCCUCCAACACCACAAAUCCGUUCAUCUACCGCAACCAGGCCACCAACGAGCAAGAGGGCUUUGCCGACGGCUUUGUCAAAGCACUAGCUGAUCUUCAUAAGCAGAACCAGUUGGUGGCAGCAGGCCCCAUGUCUGCUUCCUCCUCCAGCACAGCCUAUCCCCAGGCAUCUUACCAGAGGAACCUGAUGUCAGCUGGUGAGGUUCCUGUCUACACAAACCUCAGCAGCUAUAACCCCACACAGAUGGCAUACUCUGGCGGACAGAUGGCAUACGGCAGCAGCUCUGGUCCAAGUAGUGGAGUUCCCCAGUCUCAGGGCCGAAGCCUGGACGCUCCUCAGACUGUCCCUGAGGUACCUCACCCAGCAGGUGACCCCACAAGCUCCCCACUCUCCCUCUCUCCAGUUGACCUGGAGACACAAGAGCGCAUCAAAGCUGAGCGCAAGAAGCUUCGCAACCGCAUUGCUGCAUCCAAAUGUCGCAGGAGGAAGCUGGAGAGGAUCUCACGGCUGGAGGAGAAGGUUAAGAUCCUGAAGAACCAGAACUCAGACCUUGCCUCCACUGCCUCCAUGUUACGCGAACAGGUCACUCAGCUCAAACAGAAGGUUAUGAGUCAUGUGACCAACGGCUGCCAAAUCACAGUCAAUUCAACUGUGGCCAAAUCUGCAGGAAGUGGAGGCACCAGGAGGGAGGUGUCCAGCUGCUGAGGAGGCAAGAAAAUCAGGCAAUUACAACAUGAGGAAAAGCUGAGACGGAAGCUUUUACAAACAUCUUAUGAUGUCAGUUUAGUGGGAUUUAAUCUGAUACUGUCAACAAACCAGUUACGAGGGGGCGGAGUUUAGCACAAUGAAGAUGGGGGGGGGGGUCAUCUUUGAAGCCGGUAGAAGUUUUUGAAUUUCGAAGCUUUAAAGGCAAGAUGUAUUUCUGUUUGAGUUUCUGUGUUUUCAGAUGACUUCAGUCUUUGUUCUGAGGAUCUGAUUCCUCAUUUUUACCUAAUGUUAGUCGUCUGGACUGGUUUGGGUUCAAAGUUUGAGUCUGAGCUCAUUAUACUUUGAUUUGUGUAACGGCAUUGCAGACAGGAAGUAGGACGCUGUGGACACUCGGCUCAGAUUGAGACACCCUUAAACAUGUAUGUUUACCGGUUUGUGAGAGUUCAAAGAUCAUUAAUAUGUUGCGACUCAAGCUAUGAUCUGGUUUUGGAUCUCUGUUGGUGUUUUCCGGUCUUAAGAUAUCAUGGUGGAAAUGACUAAUCUCUUAAAUCGAUCUGGAUCACUGUUUGGAUUCGUUUGUAGCUUGAUAAUUUACCUGCGCCUGUUUUCAGGAUGAUUUAAAUUUUGUUGCAGGAAUCUUGGUGAGUCGGUUGGAUCAGUUCUGCAGUUGAAUCCUUACGUUUUGGGUUGAAUGUGGCUUAAGAAGAAGUUGGAGCAUUUCAAAAUAUUUUGUGGAUGUGAGAGAUGUAAAAAUGUUCAGUUUAAAUAAUUUGAAGCACUGACAUUCCAGAGCAGCUGCAUGUUUGAUUCUCAGAGUUUAAGGAAUUACUAUAAUCUGAUUAGAAUCUGUCAAAACAGAUGAAGCAGAUUAAACAUUUUGUCAGAACUUUUAUCUUUUUGCAGUGACACUUGGAUCACAUGCAUGUUUUUAUUCUGCAGGACUGAAGAACAGUUU